AUGUCGUACACUUCUUACUCCGAUGCUCGCAUGUCCUCUGCGUCAUCGUCCAAACCCCGCAAAACGCUCCGUGCUCCAGAUCGUGAGAUCGCAUUCCGGAAUCAGUAUAUCGCGCGCAACAAAACCACCCUCGUUCUUCGCCCAUACGGCAGCCCCCAAUCGGCUGUAGCGUAUAAGAUUACCGAAGAGGACGGUGCCCCGCAGUUCACCAUCACCGGUCGCAAAUACAGUGACCGAUCAUGUCGUGAAUUCCGGGACUCAUCGGGCUUGCCGCUAUUUGAACUGCAUCGGAAAUGGUACCGUUCAAACAGUUGGUCUGUCACUCUACCCGGGUGUGAUAAUGCGACGAUCGCGACAGGAUCUCCACGGUGGACGUUGGGGAAAACGUCGUUCGACGACUUCAGCCUUUCAUUCGAGAAUGCGGCUGCUUUGGACGGGAAGCGAGAUGAGGAUAAAAUGCUCACGUUGAAUGUGGAGAGGCAUGGGAAUGCGCUGGCGCUGUUCGAUAUCGUGGAUUCGGACCGGAAGGUUGCAGAGGUUAAAGAGAGCAUUCAUCAUAAUGAGAAGUUGAAUCUUCUGGGUACUAAGACAGGGUAUCGGCCUGCACUGGAGCUCAUUAUCAUGCCUGGUGUGGACAUUUCACUGGUAAGUAAGGCUAUAGAGCUCUUCAAGCUUCCCUUAAGGUUGCGUGCUUGUAGACUGACUCUUUUAGGUUGCCACGAUUGCAGUCAUUGUGUCCGACUGGGUCUUCGGAUCAAGUUGAUUUGUGUUAAGCGUAUACAAGCAUCUUAA